AUGGGCCUGGCAGAACCUCGCAAGAAAAUCAAGAUAUCGCACGACCCGAAUAAUACUAUCUGGGCUCGAUCGACAAGUGGAUUUGGUUAUAAGAUUUUAACCUCUCAGGGGUGGACUCCUGGUAGCUUCUUAGGCGCACGCAACGCAGCGCACGCUGAUACCUUCACUGCCGCCAGCGCAUCUCAUAUCCGAGUGACCCUUAAGGAUGAUACCCUUGGUUUAGGCGCUCGUCCUCGAGGAACUGCAGAUUUCGAGCCUACUGGGCUUGAUGCAUUCCAAGGGCUGCUGGGGCGACUCAACGGAAAGAGUGACGCGGAGUUGGAAAGAGAGCAGCGACAACGAGAUGAUGCGAGGCUGGCACUUUAUGCCGCGAAAAAGUGGCAGGCGGUUAGAUUCAUAAGCGGGGGAUUUUUGGUCCAGGAGAAACACGAGCCUCUUGCUGCAGAAAGCAACGCCAAGGACGCUAGAAAGGAGCCGUGUCAUGAAGACAAGACACAGAAACUGGAAGGAGAUACCGGCAUGGCAAGUGUCAAUGCUGAGCCACCGGGAUCUGUUUGCCAGGUAGCUGCCGAGUGUGACGGAUCCAAGCAGGAAGUCGUGGAUGAUGUUUCAUGUACAGCCGCCACAAAGAAGAAAAAAGAGAAAUCCAAGAAGCGGAAACGGAUAUCUUCCGAUUCUAAUGAUAAAGCCGAAACUCGAAAAGAUCGUUGUCAAUCUCCUGAUCGUGUCCAUUCGAAUGAGCGAGCCGCAGGAUCAUUGUCCCAAACAGCGACUAAGCCGAGAGAACAGAUACCUAUGGGCAGGCAUGUUAUAAGGAGUCGUCACAUUCAACAGAAGAAAAGGGCGCUCAUGGAUGACAAAUCUCUCAACGAGAUAUUCAUG